UCGCUCGGGGAGGUUCCCGCGCAGUCGGUCGUGAUGCGAGGAUGCGUGCGUGAGAAGAACCGGAGAUGAGGAUGGCAAAGUUCGUCAGCGGGCGAUUCCGGAGCAGUUCGGGCGAUCGGAACGGGGCAGAGAAGCAAGAAAAGCCCAAGAUCCACCCGUUGGACAAUCUCAUGCGCGAGCUGACGGAGAUGGGUCGCCCCGAGACUGGUCGCCCCGAGACGGGUCGCCCGGACAAGCCCUCCCCGGACUCCCAGAGGAUCUGGUCGAAGCCGCCUCGUCCCUCGCCGACGUCUUCGCGAACCGCGCGGAUCCGCCCCACGGCGACGACGAACGGCUCCUUCCAGUCCGACUUCAGCCUCGAAGAGGAACUGGAAGAAACGAGUUCCGCGCUGAAACGAAGCCAGAAGGAACUGCAAGACGCACGAAACGACUUGAACGAAGCGAGGUCCCAGCUCGCCGACACGCAGUACCGCCUUCAGUGCACGCAGGUGCAACUGAACCAACGAGACACAGAGCUCCACCGCACCCGGGCGAACCUCCAAGACGCCCACAGCCUCCUGAGCGCCUGCCGGGUGGAGCUGCAGCGGCUCCAGCGGGAGCUGCAGGACGCCCAGGACCGACUCAGGGAGUCCCAGGACCACCUCGUCGAGUGGGAGCGGGAUGCCCUGAGGAAGGAGGCGCUCAUCCAACGACUCGCCGUUCAGAGGAAGCGACUGCUCGGCGACCUCCAGAAGACGCGCAACCUCCUGGCGGCGAGCCUCCUCCGCGUCCGGCAGCUGGAGAGCGAGUCUCAGCGGGUCCCCGCCCUCGAGGCGAGGAUCUUGCAACUCGAACGGGAGCAAAGGGCAGAUGUCGGAGGGGACGGGGAGGGGGAAGCGGCGGGGACGAGGGCUGAGGAGGGGAAACCCCGGAUCCGGCCCCACUCCGGAGGCGACUCCGGACUCUUCUCCGACGAAGACCCGUCCAAGGAACGCCAUUCGGGUGAGUCCAUAUCGACCCUCGACCGCGAACGACCUCGCCCUGAACGACCCAAACGCUCCACAGAUGAGGAAGCAACCGGCUCGCCCGCCCCGCCCAGCCUCCAACAGAUGGAGGCCCAGCUGGAGUGGCUCGACGCCCAGUUCCACCGAGCCGAAAUGGAAUGGGACCAGGAGAGGCACCUGCUGGUGACAGAGCUGAAAGGGAGCCAAGACACGGUGGAAGCGCUGACGACCGAGAUCAGGCAGCUGGACGCCGAGAGGAUCCGACUCCUGGAAUUGGAGCAACGCCUUCGCGACGUCCUUCACGCUCUCCGGGAACUGGAUCAGAUGAACGUGUCCCGCCGAGCUCUGGGUCGCCUGAUCAUGGCAGCGGUGGAGCAGAGCGUGGACCCCCUCACCCACGAGUGCUGCCCCACCCGAUUCCUCAGCCACCUCCACCACAGCGCCCAGCACUUCGAGCGCCACGACGAUCUCAUGCGCUUGGCCCUCCUGAGACAGUCUACCAUCACCUAACCGCGACGACCUGCUCACGACCGUCACCUCGUGGUGACGGCGGCAGCAGAGAGCUUGGUCCUGUUCUGAAGACGUUGUGUUCAACAGGUAACUCAUUUGAGUGUUUUUUUUUUUCAGUUUUAUAUCGGUC